CGUUUGUUUUGUGGCUGUCAACCACGGUGUGUAAACAGCUACACGGAACAGAACCGAGGAGAGUGGUCGCUGUUGUGUGCACGGAGCGGAUACAUGUAGCAAAUGUGAAUGGGGAAGCUUGCACGACACCCCCGCCGCUGUCCCUGGAGCAUAACAGGGUAGAGUCCAGUAGGAAAGCCAGUCUCUGGUUGUUUCAUUGUAAAGAGGACGGAGCUCGUCGACGAACCAUGGCAGCGGCGACCGUCGCGGAGGCUGACCCGGCGACGAGCGAAGGCGGCGCCGCUUUCCCCGGCGUCCACACCCGGGGCUGGGACGAGUCUCAGUUCCGAAAAUAUUCUUUCCCAACCAAACCCAUUCCCAGGCUGUCUCACACGGACCCCAGAGCAGAGGUCCUAAUAAACAACGAGGAACCGGUGGUUUUAACAGAUACAAACCUUGUGUAUCCAGCUCUCAAAUGGGACAUUGCUUACCUCCAGGAAAACAUUGGAAAUGGAGACUUCUCUGUUUACACUGCAGAAGACCACAAAUUCCUCUACUAUGAUGAGAAAAAAAUGUCUCUUUUUGAGAACUUUGUCCCCAAGUCUCGACGAAUGGAAAUGAAAUUCUCAGAAUUUGUGGAUAAAAUGCAUAUGACAGAGGAAAUGGGAGGAAAAGAAAGGGUUUAUCUGCAGCAGACUCUGAACGACACAGUGGGGAAGAAAAUAGUUGUUGACUUCCUUGGUUUCAACUGGAACUGGAUCAACAAGCAGCAAGCCAAGAGAAACUGGGGACAGCUGACAUCCAACCUGCUGCUCAUAGGCAUGGAGGGCAAUGUGACGCCAGCUCAUUACGACGAGCAGCAGAACUUCUUUGCACAAAUCAAAGGCCAUAAGAGAUGCCUCCUGUUUCCUCCAGACCAGUUUGAGUGUCUUUAUUCAUACCCUGUGCACCACCCCUGUGACAGACAGAGCCAGGUUGAUUUUGAUAACCCUGAUUUUGAGAAGUUUCCUAAUUUUAAAAAUGUUGUUGGCUAUGAGGCUGUCGUGGGUCCAGGAGAUGUGCUCUACAUCCCCAUGUACUGGUGGCAUCACAUUGAAUCACUGUUGAGCGGUGGCGUGACGAUCACUGUAAACUUCUGGUACAAAGGUGCCCCCACACCCAAGAGGAUAGAAUACCCCCUGCGAGCUCAUCAGAAGGUGGCCAUCAUGAGAAAUAUUGAGAAGAUGCUCGGAGAAGCACUUGGAAACCCCCAUGAGGUUGGACCUUUACUGAAAACGAUGAUUAAUGGGCGAUAUGAUCAGGAUCUCAGUUAGAGCCCACCACCCUUAAAGACUGCUGCGUGUGUAAUCGCUCAUUUUGACUUUGGAGCUCAGUAUCAACCUUGCAGCCAUCUUGAAACGAUUGUGCUUCAGUCGUCGAGUGCCAUGUUUAUUGCAAAUAUGAUCACAGAAGAAAAUCUAACCUGGGAAUGUACCCUACUUGAAGAAGUCCUUAUGUAUUUGAAGAAGAGGUCUAAUUUGACUGAAGUCUCUAUUCACAUACUUCAACCUAGUCGAUAUGUGGGUGUGUUUUCUCAUCCCGUCAGAGGUUGUUUGAGUUUGGUACGUUUGGAACAACCUCAGUGUUUUGACCACUAAUGGAUGAGUUAAAGGGUAUUAAUCAUACAGCACACAUCAGUGAAAUACAGGACGUUCCUCAUAUACAUGUUAUGCCACUCUUUCGGGUUGAUAAGUAAAUGUGGAAUGAAAAUAUUCUCCAUAUAUAUUUAUCACAUCUAUAUUCAAAGUGAUUUGAUUCAAACCUUUUAAAGAUGGCCGCUCUUGUUGGCGGUAUCACUACACCCACUUGCACGUUUGAAGGGACGGAUCAGCAAGGAUUUGAUGGAUCAUGAUCAAUCAGUGAGUGGGUGUGAUAAGAAGGGGGGGGGGGGGGGUCAUAUUGCUUGAAGAAAUAUGUGACAGCUUGCAGCUAUGUUAUUUUAGCUGAGUGAUUUCUUUGUGUUUUAUUUAUGCUUUAUUUUUAUUAUAUUUCAAGGACUUUCGUGUGCGUCCCUGUGUACUAGUCACUUAAAAUAAAGGACAUACUGCUAUUUAAGGUUCAAAUACAGUUAAAGUAAAAACUUUAAGGAAAAUACUGCAAGUUACUGUUAUGACGGAAAAUAAUCAAAGAUUUUACAGGCAAUAUUUUGUUGGGAGUGUGAUGCUUACAACUCUAAGUGUCUAAAAUUGGUUAAAGUGAACUGCUUUAAUGAAUGACUUUUAAUGUUAUUAAUUACAAACUGAUGUAGAACAUUCUGCUGGGAUGUAGUUUAUGUAUCAGCCGUUUCAAUGCACCAUCUAGUGGUCAAGUUUGCAGCUGCAUGCUAAGCUUGAUGUGUGAUUUACCUGGCUCAUGCACUGCACUGCUACAACACAGAUAUUCACUAUGCUGAGCAGAUACAAUCCAAUGCUGCGAUGUGUAGGAAUCUGUACAGCCAGUUGCUCCUAUGAUUACUGUAGUGACGGAAAUGCUUCUUUAUUUUACUACCAUGCAGCCAUAUUGUGAAGACAUCUAAGUGCUCGGUUAAACUGUUAAAAAUGUACAUUAACAAAAACAGGAGAGUGAUUCUUAAAGUUGUGCAGCAUGUGCCAAACCAGUCUAUGGAUAUCUCCAUAUUGGAUUCAUCAGACAACUUAAUUUGAGUUCAUUGUGGACUACAAACUAGAAAUAGCUAGCACAUCAAAAGAUUGCUGGUUUUCACGGCUUUUUUUUUUUUUAGGAUUUAGGUUAAAUUGUUGAUAAAGUGUAGACCUCUUUCUGACAGAUCACUUGAUUGUGGUCACAUCUGUAUACAAAAUGGAGUCUGUCAUCUCUCUCUAUUGCUUGGUUUAAACUGUUGUAUGUGCCUUGCCUAACAAUCGCAUGGCACUUAAUGUUUGCAAGUACACGAUUCUUGAGUUUUUAUUUAAUGGUCAAAAUGUUUGCCUCCAAUCUGGCAUUAAACAGCUUUAAAGUUUGGACUGACAAGGGUUCAUAGAGAUAGAGGCGUGCUUGUGUUGCUGAAUGAUUGUGUUGAAUAUACCCUUGUAACAUAACAUAUCCUUGUUCCUCUCAUUAAAGUUUGCUCUGAAGAA